AUGUCGUCUUCGGGCUCGUUCUUUCCACGUAUUGAAUCUGUCUUCUACGCCGUUUUCGACGUUCGCCAGGGUCCCAAAAUCGUUUAUCAAGUCCCGGAAGAUCUUAUAGUGACUACGUCUGCGAAUGUGUCCGCAAGCAACUCUCUUACACCCAUCACACCUGCUUCGCCUGCGUCCUCCACUGCAGACAGCCCUUCUCUCUCUCGUUUUGACUCUCGCCAACUAACCAGUCCUCGAAAACGGCCUGCAUCCCCUAACUCUUCGCUUCUUCACUUCGAUGACAUAUCCAAGAAACAUCGUAUCAUCGGCUUUCCUGUAGAGCUACGAGGAAACUAUCCUCGUAAUUAUUUCCGGUAUAAUCUAUGCUUUGUCUUCGAGCGCACUGCGGACCUAAGCUGCUAUGAGCCAGUCGUGCGGAAAGUCAGUCGUGUUCUCACUACCUGCGAGGAAGAGUCUGCGUUCUUGUCAUCGCCCGAGAGUUCGCCUUACAUCCAUGCCAUCCUAGAGCAGCUAUACGAAGACUUGAACUCGUAUUCUGAGACGUCCAUCCCCAUGGACAAGUUCAAUUCGAUUGAACUCAAGAUCUUUCCAUUUUAUCCUAACCCUCCGCCCGUCAGAGAUUGGCAGGUACCGCUUGCGCUGAUCAAUCUCACCAGGAGAGUUGAGCCAAAUUGGGAUUUGACCAUGGUAAAGAUAUGCAAGUUCAUAGACGGAACUAACCAUGUCAGCCGAAUUGCCCGUCUAGCGGAUUGCGACCUUGACUUAACUCGCCAAGCCGUUGCACAUCUGCUCUAUUAUCAGGUGAUCAUGAUGAUCGACAUUUUCCAAUACUCCAAUAUGUACACACUACGCAGCAGCAUCCAGUGGUUGGCUGAUGAGUCUCACGUUCGGGACGAAUGGGCAGCUAUCGCAGACUGGCCUCGACUAUUGCACCUCUACUCUCGUCUGAAACCAGGAAAAACAGUGCGAGAAUGGAUGGCAGAGUAUGACGUAAAAUCGUAUGGUAUCGAUGUCCGUCGAUUCACAAGCUUUGGUGUUAUCAAGGGAUUCCUUCGCCGUGUUCACCGUUGGCCGGUCCUGUCGCCUGAGAUUGGUACCCCACAAGCGGAUCGUCCACGCGAGGGAGCUCCGUCGUCCUUAGGUCGCAAGCGAGGAAAGACUGUCACUUCGCUCACGCAAUCGCUCGACCUCCGACAGCCUUCCCCUGCUGAAGCCGCACAAAUACGAGGGCGGCCCCAACACCCGCUCAGCGCAGGCUUCCCGAACUCUGCUAUCACAGAAGCUAAGACUGAAACUGUCGAACGAGGGGUGACAGGCGUUCGCGCCCCGCCCACGCGGCGCGCGAGUGUGGCAGACACCUCGCUGUACCGCCAUCGACAGCCCAGUCGAGAGCCGCGCACCCCGUUGGAGCAGCGUUUCAACCACCGUGCGUCACUACUUUCAGUAGGCAGCACUGUGGAAUACGCACCGCCGCCCACACCCACGCCUGCCGCUGGGCAUGGACAUGGUAAGAAUCGCUGGUCUGGCGCCCCUGGUGAUCCCGGAGGUGGAGGGUCAGGCAUUUCUGGGACGCUGGGGCUCCUGCGCUCUCGCAUAUCACGGUCGCCCUCUGCUCCGGCAGUGUCGCAUGUGCAAGUGCAUGCCCAAGCGCAAGAGGGCCCGGGGUUCCCGCACGAACUGCUGGAGUUGUUGGACGGGGAACAUCAUACGGACGAAUUGUGUACGCGAUUUGAAGUGGGGUGGCCAGUGUUGCGGCAGUGGCUUGUUCUUGCUGGGGGAGGCAAAGGGGAUGGUGAUUUCGGGCGUGUGUCGAUUAUAUAUCGGUAG